CCCCGUGUGCCCUCCUUCUCGGGAAGGUGUGUACGCACCUCCACUGUACAGAGCGAGAGCGAGAGGUGGACCCAGGUUCUGGAAGUUGGCAGUCUGGCUCCAGAACCCACACUCUCAGCCACCAAUGCCAGCGAGGCAGCCAGGGCAGGAGCCGCCCGACGUAACGACGGCCUCUCUCCCCCGCAGCUGGUAGCACUCAGCCGGCUCCUGCGCCUCAUGAGGCCGGCAGCCCUCGGGCAGCACCUGGACUCCAAGGCCUCGCCACCCCGCCAGGAGCAGCAGCCCACAGCCAGUGCUAAGCGAGACUACAAGGUCUGCUACCUGUGCCACAGCCUCCUGACACUCGCUGGGGUGGUGGUCAGCUGCCAAGACAUUACUCCAGACCAGCGGGAAGAGCUGCGGCUGUUGUGUAUGCAGUUGGACCGUCACAUCAAUACCCAUAUCCGGGAGAGCCCCCAGGCCAUGCACCGGACCACGCUCAAGGACCUGGCUACCCAGACCCACAUCCGCUGGCAGGAGCUGCUGACCCACUGCCGGCCCCAGGCCCAGUGCUUCAGCCCCGGGAAGACAUCUAAAGGAGCAGGGCCGGGGUGGCCCAGGGCUGCACUCUGCCAGGGAGUGAACAGGACCCAUGGAACUAAAGGAAGCAAAGAAUGGGGGCCAGAGGAGGACCAUCUGAUGAAGCAAGAGCCUGCCUCCUCCAUGCCCUGACUCCCAGUGGCAAGGGACCCUGCCUCUCGCUGCCUGCCGCACCCCCCUCCCGCUCUCCUUCCCUGCCCAGCAUGUCCUCCUUGUCCUCCCACCCCCUUCCUCUCUCACGAAUGUGAGGUUGCUUUGUGCACACUAAAGCCGAGU